AUGCUGGGCUCUACCAUCCGUGUCUCCGUAGUCCCCACUACAUCCAGGACCCUUUGCAUCUCCGUGUCCCCGCGAGCGGAGGAGGCACUGGGGCAGACAGAUGGAGGAGCGACGGUGGGUACCAGGAGGAGGGCACCAGCAGGACAGGUGGAGGGAGGGAUGGUGGGGCGGAGGAGAGCAGGGCGUGGGGAGAGGGUGCGCCCCUUCGAGGAGAUCCCCCACACGGGCAGCAACGGCUGGGUCAACCUGCUGAAGUUCUGGAGGGCCGGGAAGUUUAGCAGCCUGCACAAGCACAUGGAGCAGACCUUCAACACACUGGGACCUAUUUACAGGGAGCACCUGGGCACUCUGAGCACGGUAAACAUCCUGUUGCCAGGCGACAUUGGAGAGCUGUUCCGAGCCGAGGGGUUCCAUCCCCGUCGCAUGACUCUGCAGCCCUGGGCAACGCACCGCGAGACGCGCAAACACUGCAAGGGGGUAUUCCUCAAGAAUGGUCCAGAGUGGCGGUCAGAUCGUCUCCUAUUAAACCGUGAGGUGAUGGUCAGCGGUGCGGUGCGGCGUUUCCUGCCUCUACUGGACGAGGUGUCACAUGACUUUUGCCGCCUGCUGAGGUCACGCGUGGAGAUGCUGGGCACUGCCAUGGAUACCGGCCACCACAGCAUGACCCUCGACCCCAGCCCUGACCUCUUCCGCUUCGCUCUGGAAGCCAGCUGCCAUGUGCUGUAUGGGGAGAGGAUUGGUCUGUUCUCCUCGAAGCCAUCGCAGGAGGCCGGCCAGUUCAUUAGUGCGGUGGAGAGGAUGCUGGCUACCACUCCACCCCUCCUCUACCUGCCCCCUCGCUUGCUGCAUCGUGUACGCGCCCCCCUGUGGACACAACACGCCACUGCAUGGGACUGCAUAUUCAGCCACGCCCAGGCGCGUGUGGAGAGGGGUUAUGAGCGUGUGCAGGUGGAGCAGAGUGGGGGUGUGAGAGGGCUUCUUGGGGCCAGCAGCAGUGGUGGCGUAGAGGGCCGCUUCGGUGGGGUGCUGGGCCAGCUGCUGGAGAAGGGCCAGCUGUCCCUGGAGCUCAUCAAGGCCAACAUCACCGAGCUCAUGGCAGGGAGUGUGGACACGACAGCUGUGCCUCUGCAGUUUGCUCUGUUUGAGUUGGCUCGUAACCCCGAGGUGCAGGAGCGCGUGCGACAGCAGGUCCAGUUGUCAUGGAAACGUGCCGGCGGAGAUGUACACAAAGCCCUGCAGGGGGCGCCAUUGCUGAAGGGAACCAUGAGGGAGACACUCAGGCUGUACCCAGUAGGCAUCACGGUGCAGAGGCACCCCAUACGAGACAUCAUACUGCAGAACUUCCACAUCCCAGCGGAGACGCUGGUUCAGGUGUGCCUGUACCCUCUGGGUCGCAGCUCUGAGGUGUUCCCUGACCCGGCCCGUUUCGACCCGGCCCGCUGGGGUCGCGGCGAGGGCGAGGCGGGGGCAGGGGCGGGCCAGGAGGUGGGUGCAGAUGGCGGGGCAUUCCGCUCGCUGGCGUUUGGGUUCGGGGCGCGCCAGUGUGUCGGACGCAGGAUCGCAGAGAACGAGAUACAGCUGAUACUCGCCCACAUCCUGCAAAACUUCCACCUGAGCGUGACCUCCUCAGAUGACCUGAAUACAACAUACACACUCAUCUUACAGCCGGAGAAACCACCACGCAUCACUUUCACUACCAUAUAA